UUUUCUCCCCUGUGCAGUGCGUAGUUGAAGCUACUUAGCUAGCGAGCCUCUUGUGGGUUUUUUUUUUUGUUUUGUUUUUUUUUAACAAUUGACUAGUGUCCAUUUAGCUUAAUUUAGUCAAAUUGCCGAUAUGUCUGCAUUGCGAAUUGCUGCGGCGAAGGUGAGCUACAUAUUUAACGCCAGCUAAAAUAUACUGACGAAUUGAGGAGCUAGCUAAUGCGUUAGCUAGCUUGCGCUAGUCCCUCGUCUUUAGCUAGGCUAGCUUACCUGGCUCUGUUUCUCAGGAGGCAGAGCCGUUUAUGAAUUCAGCUGUUGCUCACUGGGGGUAGCGAAUGAAUCAAGUUCAGACGGGAUAACGAAGAUGACCGAAGCGAGGGAAGAGCGUCGCUUCGCUGAGGUAUCCCGUGACUCCGUUAAGCUCAUGGCCGAGAGUGCGGGGGUUGAGCUCAGUGAUGAUCUAGCUGCGAUGCUCGCUGAGGACGUGUGUUAUCGACUGAGGGAGGCAACACAGAACAGCUCGCAAUUCAUGCGACACGCCAAGAGAAGAAAACUUACUGUAGAGGACUUCAACAGAGCCCUUCGCUGGAGCAAUACCGAGGCCAUCUGUGGGUAUGGCUCUCAGGAUGCCUUACCAUUCCGUCCUCUGAAAGAGGGAGAGUUUUUCUUUGUUGAGGAUCGAGAGGUUAACUUGGUAGAGCUGGCUCUUGCCACAAACAUUCCUAAGGGCUGUGCUGAGACCACAGUGCGAGUGCAUGUGUCGUAUCUUGAUGGAAAAGGAAAUCUAGAGCCUCAAGGCACAGUUCCCAGUGCUGUGCAGUCUCUAUCAGAUGACCUACUCAAGUAUUACCAGCAGAUCACCAGAGCCAUAUUAGGAGAGGAUCCACAUCUUAUGAAGGUGGCUUUGCUGGAUCUCCAGUCCAACUCCAAGAUCGCUGCCCUCCUGCCUUACUUUGUUUAUGUUAUCAGCGGGGUGAAAUCCGUAAGCCAUGAUCUGGAUCAGCUGAACAGGCUGUUGCAUAUGGUGAAAAGCCUGGUUCAGAACCCCUAUCUCUACCUGGGCUCAUACGUGCGGAGUCUGGUCUCCAGCGUCAUGUACUGCAUCCUGGAGCCGCUCGCAGCCUCCAUCAACCCGCUCAACGACCACUGGACCCUGAGAGACUACGCCGCCCUGCUCCUCAGCCACAUCUUCUGGACUCAUGGGGACCUGGUGAGCGGGCUGUACCAUCAGAUCCUGCUCUCGCUGCAGAAGGUCCUGUCAGACCCAGUCCGGCCUCUCUGCUCCCACUAUGGAGCAGUGGUUGGCUUGCAUGCUCUUGGUUGGAAGGCUGUUGAGCGUGUGUUGUAUCCCCACCUGCCUGCUUACUGGGCAAACCUGCAAGCCGUGCUGGACGAUUACUCUGUGUCCAAUGCACAAGUGAAAGCAGAUGGACACAAAGUCUAUGGAGCCAUCCUUGUGGCAGUGGAGCGCUUGCUAAAGAUGAAGGCUAUGAGCCUGACUCCAUCCUCAGAAGGGGGUGCUGCUGCUCUUCAUAAGUCUGCAGGAGGUGUGAUGGGUUUCAGAGAGAGCUCACCAGGCCUCAGCCCCCCUCCUGAACCCCUGUCCGAGCCCCCUCUGGGCAUCGCCAGCCACUUGCAGGCGGGCGGAGCCGGGUGCCAGUGGGAGGAGUGGACCCCUGUUUCGCUCCCUGCCAUGUACUGUGAGCUGUAUUCAUUCUUUGGAGACAGCCUGGCUGUGCGCUUUAGCACUGGCCCCGCCUUGGGCUCUGCCCCGCCCCCAGGCCCCCUUCAGUCUCAAGAGGCACGGAAAGAGCCAGGUAGCGGUGCUGCCAACCUCGAGAGUACGCGCAAGAUGCCCCAGCUCACCGCCAACAUGAACAUUAGCCCCAGGCAGGAUGGAAGCCCGCGUACGGAUCCAGCCCCACCCAGUCUGGCUGCUACAGCAACCGGGAGGUCUCUGGCUCGCUCUUCCUCAUCCUCAACCUCAGUCCCUCGCUCCAGGUCCUCCUCCUCCCGCCCAGGGCGUUCAGCCAGCCAAUCCCGAGACAUCUUCCCGAAAGCCCGCUUUCCUCCUCCCCAGGCCGGCCCUCCAGCUUUCUCCUUUGUGAUUGGUGGACGGCAGAUGGGCCGGCGUUGCCAGGGACGACGCUUCCAGACAAGCUUCACGCCAACUCCGCCCCUCGGUUCCCUCCCACCACGUGCCUAUGCCCACAAACUACCAGUUAUAGGGAGAGUCAGCAAGCCAAUGAGAUGCUGGACGUGCUCCCAUUAUUCGCUGUACCUGCCUCUUUAAAACACAUAUGAACACAUCAAAUUUGUGCCUGGGGCUUCCCAGAAACUGAACUAUAAUGAUAAUAGACUGGGAAAGAAUGGCUACAAAACUGUGUAUGGGGUUAAACAUCACUACUGAGAUGGAUGUUCGCCGUGUUUGUCAACAUGAACCCCUUGGACUAAAUUUUUUCAGUUAGGAUCUCUGUGACAUUAUUUUGAAAACUUUUGUUGUUGUAAGUUUGUCCUUCAGGACAUUUUUUGUAAUAAUGUUUAAGGAGAGGCCUUGUACAAUAAAAUUACGCUGGGAAGCCAAGGA